AUGCGAUAUUACAUUUACCAGUUACUUCUGGCUUUACAGGCCUGUCAUGGCCUUGGAAUCAUGCACAGAGAUAUCAAGCCCAGCAACUUGGUUAUCAAUCCAGAUCGGAGACAAUUGCGACUGAUAGAUUGGGGUCAGGCAACUUACUAUCAUCCAGAUCAGGAAUUCAGUGUCUUUGUUGGAACAGACAUUUACAAAAGUCCGGAGAUGCAUCUUGGUCUUAGGCGUUACAAUUUCGCUGUGGAUAUGUGGUCUGUUGGAUGUGUCCUGGCCAGUGCAAUAUUUCGUCAAAGACACUUUUUCAACGGAGGCAACAAGAGGGAGAUUCUUCUUCAAAUUACCCAAAUUGUUGGCUCAGGCCCUAUGCUUAAAGCUAUAAGGAAGUAUGAAAAUCCCGAAUUCAAUGAAGACAGAGCCUUUAUGAACAUCAAGGCAAAGAAUCUGUUUGAUUACAUUAAUAAGUCAAACCAAGGGGUGGCCAUUAGAUCAGCCGUGGAUUUGGUCAGCAAACUGCUCGUCUGUGAUCCAGAUAAGCGUUAUACUGCCGAACAAGCGCUCCAACACGGCUAUUUUAAACGAGCUCACCGAUUUCCCACCGAAGUCAAAAUUUAA